CAAUAUUGACUUUUUGAAAGUGUACUGUUUACACAUUUGACUAAAGAAAAAACGUUUCGUCGUCUUCCACAUCGCCCAGACUCAAAUCUCUCGGUGCGAAGCUGAAAAGUGAGAGCUUUGUUGAUAUUUUUGAGGGGAACUUUAAUGGCCGACGCAGUGGUAACAUUUGGAUUGCAGAAACUCUGGGAGCUUCUUAUUCGAGAAUCCAAUCGGCUAAAAGAAGUCCAAGAACAAGCAACCGAGCUACAAAACGAUCUGAGACGGCUAAAAUCGUUUGUGAAAGAUGCACAAGAAACCAAGAAAAGCAAAAGCGAAAGAGUGAAGAAUUGUGUACAAGAGAUUGUAGAGAUUGUGUGCGAUGCUGAAGACAUAAUCGAGAGCUUUCUUAUAAACAAAGAAAGGUUUAGAAGAGAAAGAGGGAUUAAGAAGCAUUUAAAGAGAGUUUCUUGCAUCACAUUUGCUCAUCAAGAAUUUAGUUCACAGAUCAGUAGCAUAAUCAGUAGAAUCUCCAAGGUUAUAGACAAUAUGGAGAGAUUCGGAGUGAGAGAGAUCAUCGACAAAGUUGAAGAAGAAAAUCAAGAAACUUUACCAGAAAGAGUUAUCGGGGACACACGACAAUCUUUUCCUAGCGUUUCUGAAAGCAGCCUUGUAGGUGUGGAGCGAAGUGUUGAAGAACUUAUGGCUCAUCUUGUGGGAGAGAAUGGUUUUCAAGUGGUUUCUAUCUGCGGGAUGGGCGGUAUUGGGAAAACCACUCUUGCUAGACAAGUGUUUCAUCACGAGAUGGUGCGGCGUCGUUUCAAUGGAUUCGCUUGGGUGUUUGUUUCACAAGAGUGUAGGCAAAAGCAUGUGUGGCGGGUGAUAUUACAGUGCCUUAGGCCCAAAAAUGAGGAACAGAGAAUUGCGGAAAUGACAGUCUCUGGACUCCAAGAUGAGCUCUUUAAACUACUUGAAACACAAAAAUGUUUGAUUGUGCUUGAUGAUUUGUGGAGCAUUUCAGCUUGGGAGCUUAUAAAGCCAGCAUUUCCACAUAGAUCAGGUAGCAAGAUAUUACUUACUUCUCGGAAUGAGGGUGUUGGUUUUCAUCCAGAUCUAAGAUGCGUUAUCUUUAGGCCUAGAUGCCUAACUCAUGACGAAAGCUGGGAAGUUUUUCAGAAGAUUGCAUUGUUUGAGAGAAACGAUAUAGAGUUUCAGGUCGAUGAUGUAAAGGAAGAGAUCCAACAAAUGCUCAAACACUGUGGAGGAUUACCACUAGCUGUGAAAACUCUUGGAGGGCUGUUAGCUACAAAACGUUCAGCGUCCGAGUGGAGAAAGGUACACAACAACAUUGGAUCUUAUAUCGCAGGAGAGGUUGGUGAAAAUGGUGGAAAUGGUAGUUUGGUAUUCAACGUGCUAUCUUUGAGUUAUGAAGAUUUACCUUCUCAUUUGAAGCACUGCUUUCUUUACCUUGCCCAUUUCCCGGAAGAUCAUGAGAUACAAACAGAGACAUUGUUUAACUAUUGGGUCGCAGAAGGAAUAGUGAUGGUGUAUGGUGAAGAGAGUACUAUUGUAGAUGUUGCAGAGGAUUACCUUGAGGAGUUGGUCAAGAGGAGUAUGGUUUUGGUAGGGAAGAGGAACACUGUGACAUCAAGAAUCGAAUCCUGUCGUUUACAUGAUGUUGUUAGAGAAGUCUGUCUGUUUAAAGCCAAAGAAGAGAAUUUCAUACAAACUUUCAGUGCUCAGAGCCGUAUCUCGGAAGCUACUAGAGCUCGUAGACUCGCUGUACAUUUGGUUGAUGAUGACGAAAACGAACCUGUUAUAUUUCAGCAGAGACAGAUCCAAAACCCCAAAGCAAGGACCCUUUUGUACAUCACUAGAGAUUUCAGUCCUUGGAUCUUAUCAACACGGAGUUUUCGAGGUUUACGAUCACUUAGAGUCUUGGAUCUCUUUGGAGCUCAGUUCAGAAGGCGCAAGUUACCUAAGAGCAUAGGGAAACUCAUCCACUUGAGGUACCUGAGCUUGAAAGAGACAAACUUGUCUGUGUUACCGUCUUCUCUAGGGAAUCUAGAGCUGUUGGUUUAUUUGGAUUUAGAGAUUUACGAGACAAUGGUUCACAUACCAAACGUUUUAAAGAAGAUGAAGAAGCUGAGAUAUCUUAUGUUACCCGACGAACUAAGCAAUAAAACGAAGUUGGAAUUAAGUGGUUUAGUGAACUUGGAGACCCUCAAGAACUUCUCAUUAAAGCACAGUAGCGUUCAAGAUCUCAUCAAUAUGACCAAACUCAGAACUUUGUGGGUUUGUUGUGCCUCUGAUAACCCUGGAGAGGAAGUUUUACCUGUGUCUCUCGGUGCUUCAUUGAAAGACUUGGAGGAGCUGAUGUUGUACAACAAAAGAAACGGCCAAGUCCAACCAGCGAAGAUUAUCGAUGCAGGAUCCCUUGUUUAUGGAUUCCAAAGACUUAACCAGUUAAGGUUAGAUAUAAAGAUAGACAAGUUACCUAAUGAACUUCAAUUCCCUUCCCGGAUUGCCUCUGUUUCAUUAUCCUCUUGUGACCUACUCGAGGAUCCAAUGCCAGUUCUUGAAAAGCUACACAGCUUAAAGAUCGUUAGUCUAGAACUGAAUGCUUUCACUGGGAAGAGAAUGGUCUGCUCGAAAGCCGGGUUCCCUAAAUUGCAUACUCUGGAGUUUUCUAUACUCGAUAACCUUGAUGAGUGGGUCGUAGAAGAAGAGUCUAUGCCAAAUCUUUGUCGUUUGGAGAUCAAUGACUGCAGAAAGUUAAAGAGUCUUCCUGAUGGAUUAAGAUACAUAACUAGUUUGGAGGAGCUAAGAGUAGGAUGGAUGGAGAAUGCAUUCAAGGAUAAGUUAAUCCAAGGUGGAGAAGAUUACUACAAAAUACAACAUGUAUCUUAUGUUGUGUUUCACAAUUGCGGGGACGAAUACGAAAAGAAAUAGAAGAACAAAAUAGGUCCUAGUCUCUUAUCUUCUAUGCUCUAUACUGGUUUCAAACAGUAACUUCAUAUUGCAAUAUUUUUCUUCUUAAUUCUGUUUCAGGAUAUAAGAAGUAAAUAAAUUUUGCUGA